UCUCCGUGACGUCGCCGAGGGGUGGGAAAGGGCCCGCUAGUGUCUGCUCCUGGUGGGGCAGGUCGGAAUCAGGACCGCUGAGGAGCAGUACCGCCACGGCCCUCCCCCGGCGCACGCCGGGCUCUGACCUCGCCACACCCUCUCCAGCCACACUCCUGCAAGCUGCCCCUCCAGCCAGCGGGUUCCGGGCUGGGGCCCAGUCACCUCCUAAUCCCUAGGCAGGUGCCCGGGGCCUGCCCCCUCACCCCAAGUCUAGAGAGGCCUGAGGCCCAGGGAAGCUUUGCCUGCACUGGGUGUUGGAAGGUGUGGGGUUAGUACCCUCAGCCUGGGCGGAAGUCAAGGUCCCGGAGGACAAGGACCGAGGGGCUGCCCUGUCCAUGCCCCCGACACUGGCACAGACUGAGUGGGCUGACGACCGGACACCCUCACAUCCCCUCUGCCUACUGCGGUGACUCCUGUCGCCCGUUCUCCGGCCCCACCCUUUCACCAGACCCCCAGCCCCGAAGCCACCCUGGGCCCUGGAGCACGGUCUCCCUGACCAGCCCUGCCCCACGUCUCCCGCCGUCCACCGGGUUCCAGGCCCUGCCCCGAGCCCUCCUGGCUCACAGCGGGCAGCACCCACAGCACCCUGCCCUCCAGGCCCCCACGCUGGCAAACUUCAGCCAGGCCCUAUAGAGGCACCAAGACUUGUGAGGCUCAGAGGUGAGGGUGAGCCUCUUGGCAGGCUUCCUGGAGGAGGGGGACUGGGGGCUAAGUCUGAGCUGAGAGCUGGGGGCAGACAUCCCAGAAAGCCUGCCAAAAGUUCUCCCCCUGCAUCAAAGGAUCUGAAGUCUCAGGAGGAAACGCCACCGGGGAUGGGCGGGGUUCCGUGGACACAGCUGAGCCAGUGCACUGCAGGGCGCAACCAGAUCCCAGCCUAAUCUCAGUAGGCUUGGUCCCAGGCCAGCAGACCAGCCACCCCAGGGCAUCUGGGGGUCAUAAAGGCUGGGCAGGAGAGGCCACCCCAGCUCUCCUGCUAAGAACCAUCCUCCAUGAUGCUGCAGAUGCUGCUGAUCGGCUGGGUCUUCGCCCUGCUCAGGGUGUCCCUAGGCCAGGCCCAGGUCCCCAUCCAGGCCAACUUUGAUGCCAGCCAGUUCCAGGGCAUCUGGUACGUGGUCGGGGUGGUAUCGGAUGACCAGGGCUUCCUGGACUCCAAGGACAACCUGAAGAUGCCCGUGGUCUUGGUGACACCCUUGCCCAAUGGUGACCUGGCCCUCAAGUUCGGGUACUCCAUGCCCGAUGGCGGGUGCCAGAAGACAGACACAACCUUCACUAAGGGUGCUGUGGACGGGCAGUUCAGCAACGAGGCCAUGGCGCAGACCGACAUCCGCGUGGUGUCCACCGACUACAAGCAUUUCGCAGUGCUGUAUGUGGAGAUGCAGAAGGGGGGCGUCAGGAACGUCUGGCUGCAGCUAUACGCCCGCGCCCCAGAGCUGUUUCCCGAAGGGGCCCAGAAGAUGCAACAGCUGGUACCCCAAGUAGGCCUGAACCCCAGCCAGGGCGCCCUGCUGCCCCGGUCAGACCAGUGCGCUGGUGCCUUCUCCUAGGUGAGUACUCAGGGGCAGGCGUGGACGCCACUGCCCAGACCACGCAGUGCCCCGUGCCCUGCUGGCCCCCGGAGGCCUCUCUUGUCCAGAAGGCUGCCCGGUGGGGCCCUCAUCCUGGGAGCAGAGUGGGGUGAUAGCACAGAAUCAAGGUGGGAUGGCAGGCUGCGGCGGGGAGGAGCAGGGUGGUGCCCCGGGGCUGGGCCCAGGGAGGGCGGGGAGAGGCCAGAAGACGGUGCUCACCCCACUACACCUGCCCUCUUGUUUGCAAGGAAGGGUCCCGCCCAGGAGUGCCAGUGGUGGGGGCGCCCAUGCUCCACGUCCUGGGCCUUCCCCAAAGAGCGUGCACCACUUCUCUCUGCCACCCCUCCCCCAGCACAAUAAAUCAUCUCCU